ACAAUGUAACGGCCUUUUGCCUUCUCGCGACACACAGACAGAAACAGACAUACAGAGAUGAAGAAAUCCGGAGGCGCAGAGAAGAAGAGGGCGCGAAGAUCUUCGGGAGCUAUCCAGAACGGCUCCAGAGAUCCCAACUUCGAUACUCCUCCUAGGGGACAACCGGUCAAGCAGGAUGCCUUUCAGUUGUUUGCUGAGAAGGUGAGAGACAAUAAGGAUCUAGUGUCUAGGUGGGCUGUUCUACAGGAGACACGUGUGGAGUACUUCAGAGGAAAAGAUUUUGUUAGCUUCUUGAGAAAUCAUCCGGAGCUCAAAGAUAUUCUGGAAAUGGAUAAGAACUUAGAUACUGAUGACCUAGCUAAUGCUCUUUUAAGAAAGAAUCUUUUAGUGCGUUGUGAUCGUGUGGUGAAAACUGUUCGUCCUGGGAAGAAAAAGUUGUCUACUUGGCCAGCACACUUGGAGAUUUUCCCUGAGCAAGUGUUUUCUGAAUAUGAUGCCUUUUUUGCAUGGACAUUUGUGAAACGCCGGCCGCUUUGGCAGACUCUUCUCUCAUUUUUCUGGCCCGUGUUGACUCUUGCAAUUUGCUUAUUUCCUGUGUAUCCCCAUCAGUGCAAGCUGCUAAUACUCUACUCAUGCGCAGGAGUCUUGCUACUUAUCCUAUCACUACUUUCGCUGAGAGCAACUAUAUUUGGUGCUCUUUAUAUUGUUAUUGGAAAGCGUGUUUGGUUCUUCCCUAAUAUCCUUGCCGAGGAAGCGACAUUGAGGGAAUUAUUUCGUUUCUGGCCUAAGAAAGAUGAGGAAGAGCGACCCAAAUGGACGACAAGGCUUUUCUACGCAAUUGUAGCUGUGCUGGUCAUAUUGCUGCUGAGGCAUCAUGCUCCUGAUGAGGCUGCUAGAGCAAGGUAUCAAAAGCGGGUAUCUAACAUAAUCGAUGAUGUUCUCGAGUGGUCUCCGAGAUUGGCCCUCUCUGGAAUGAUGGAUAAGCAGCAAACCGUCAUGAAUGCCACAGAACCAAAUAGUAGUUCCCCGGAUGCCAGCCAAAGUACAGAGGAAAUGGCUCCAUCCGACAUCAUAAGUGAAGAAACCACCUCAGACCAAACUGAGGCAGAAGCUUUUGAACACCUAGAUGAUGCUGAUCAACAUAAACGUGAUGAUAAUAUAUAAUGUAGAUCGUGUAGUGCUUAGUGACCUACAUAUCGCAUUGCCUGGUUUUUGUUCUGCCUUUUUUGGAUUUUGUUUUAUGAUUUUGAGUGUAAAACCCUUUGUAUCAAACAAUCACAAUAAAGCAGCUUGUUUCAAAGUCA